AUGAACAGGCUAAUUAUUAACCACUGUCGUUGUUUGAAAAAGUCGACGUUAUUAUGGGAAGCAAGACAGUAUCAGAAUUACCCAUAUAUAACACUUUCGAGGUCAGUGUCAUAUUACACAACUCAUCCAAUUGGCCUACAACAUGAUAUUACAAAGAAACCUUUUCACCCAAUGGUGCACUGUUUCUCACCGUACCUCAGAAGACUCUCAACAACUCCAUACUAUUUCGAUAACGAACCAUUAAAGCCUUCAUCAAAAGUUGAAGCCACUGUUGCAACAGUUAAAAAAGAAAUUGAGCAAAAUGAAAAACUGCCUAAAAAGGUAGAAGGAAAAAAGAAGAGUUUAAAAGAACGUAUUAUGGAUGAACUGCGACAUUACUACCAUGGUUUCAAAUUGUUUGUAUUAGAAAUCAGAAUUUCAACAUUUUUAGUUUUUAAACUAUUGCGAGGUCAAACGUUAUCACGUAGAGAGCACAGGCUGCUUGUCACGACUAUUGGUGAUAUUUUCCGGAUGGUACCAUUUAUAAUUAUCAUACUGAUUCCAUUCUUGGAGUUUGCACUUCCAUUUCUGAUCAAAAUUUUCCCAGGUAUGUUACCAUCAACCUUUGAGAGUCAAAAUCAAAAAGAUGUAAAGCUAAAAAAGCAUUUAAAACUUAAGUUAGAAAUGGCAAAAUUUUUCCAAGAGACAUUGGAUCAAAUGGCCCCACAAGCCAGCAGUACCAGGCACUCUGAACUUGCAAAAGAGUUCUCUAGCUUCUUCAAACGUAUUAGGACCUCAGGGGAUGUAGCUACAAGUGAAGAGAUAAUGAAAUUCUCUAAAUUGUUUGAAGAUGAAAUUACAUUAGAUUCAUUACAGCGACCACAUUUAGUUGCCUUAUGUAAAGUGCUGAAUGUAUCUACAAUUGGCACAAGUGCUAUGCUGCGAUUUAAUCUAAGAAUGAAAUUGAGAUCUUUGGCUGCAGAUGAUAAAAUGAUUGCUAAGGAAGGUGUGGACAGUUUAAAUUUCAGUGAACUACAGCAGGCUUGUAAAUCAAGAGGUAUGAGGGCGUAUGGUGUGUCAGAAGAGCGUUUGAGAAAAGAGCUGAAGAACUGGCUUGACUUGUCCCUUAAUGAAAGAGUACCACCUUCAUUGUUGUUGUUGUCUAGAGCCCUUAUGGUGCCGGAACAUGUUCCAACCACAUACAAACUAAAAGCAACCAUAUCUGUCUUGCCAGAAGAAUUAGCUACAACUACCAAGGCGGCAAUUGGGGAGAAAGAAGGCAAAGUGGACUUUAAGGCUAAAGCUGAGGCUAUUAAGCUUGAAGAAAAGCAAAUCAAGGAAGAGAAACAAGAGAUGCAGGAGGCUGAAAAAGCGAAACAGAUUCUAGAGACAAAGAAGAGGGAGAAAGAAGAAUUGAAAGAUAAAGCCCCAGUCAUUAACAUUGAAUCUGAACCCAGUAAUUUGGACCCAGCACCUGUCAUUAUUGUGGAUAGUCAAAAAUCUAAAUCCGAUGAAGGUCUUUCUGGCAAAGAUAUUGAAGUAAUUGAAGAUGCUUUAGAGAAUUUGGCCCAACAAAAGAAAUCUUUAUUACUUGAAAAGGAGAGUAUCCAGGAGUUGAAAGCAGAACUUAUGGAUUACAGUGAAGAUGUUAAAGAAAUGCACGAAAUUGUUAAGACUAAGCAGGCGGAUCUUAAACUGACGAAGGGUGCUCGAAGAUUGUACCGCGCCGUCAACAACAUGAUAAGUAAACUGGACGCUGUAUUGGUCGAGCUCGAGAGCAAGGAGAAGGCUCUGAAGAGUACCCUCGAACAAACGAAAUCCGAACCGCAGAAGGCGAAGGAACAGCUGAUCCAGAUCGACGAACUAAUGCAUUCCAUAAAAAGCUUACAGAAAGUACCUGACGAAGCCAAGCUGAAGCUCAUUCAAGAUGUUCUUGGAAGACUUGAUGAUGAUUUCGAUGGACAGUUGAAAAUUGACGAUGUUUUGAAGAUGCUCGAAAUAAUAGGUAACGAAAAUGUUAACUUAUCAGAAAAGCAGAUGGCCGAACUCAUAGAAUUAUUGGACAAGGAAGAGCUGCUUGAAGUGGAACACAAAAUUCAGAAAGCGUUGGACAAGGCGGCGCUCGCAGCCAAAGAACAGGACAAACCUAAAGAUUCUGAGGGAAAGAGUUUAUUUGCAAUUAUCCGGGAAGCUCAAAAGAGGCGAGAAAUUAAGAAAGCCGUUGAAAAGUUCGGCGAGGAGACUCUACCCAAGAGCGAGGGAAUCGUCACUAAAACCAACCCAGAUGAGUCCGUCAAACGGCCCGAGAAAAACUGA